UCUUCAGUACACAAAAAAAUCCGAUCUCCCAAAAAUGUUUAACACAAAGAACCAAAAUGAUUCGUAAACGAACUGAACGGAAGUGUAAGGGGCGGAAUUUGGGGCGUCAUCCGACGCAAACUUAAAAUGGGGCAUAUUCGAUCUUGUGCAGGCGUUCCAGUAAACAAGCAACUAAUUUUCACAUUGAUAAUUGGAUUCGUGGUCGGAUUUACGUUCACUUUCUAUUGGAUUCCGCACUCGAUUUCCGACGAUCCCCAUUCUUACAGAGACAUCCAUGCGGCGGAAGGACCAUUAAUCGAUCCGGGACAACAUAGCCCCGAGGAGGAGUUCCACAAAGACGAAGACGACUCGGUCGCGCGCGAUUUAACCAAAAAAGUACCAAUUUUAUGUUGGGUUAUGACCGGGCCGGAUAAUCACGAAAAAAAAGCUCGCCACGUUAAAAAUACUUGGGGAAAAAGAUGCAACAAAAUUUUAUUCAUGAGCUCAGAAUCAGAACCUGGUUUACCUGCGAUUGGUUUGGACGUAGAGGAAGGAAGAGAUAAUUUAUGGGCUAAAACAAAGGCUGCUUUUAAAUACAUAUACAACUUCCAUUUUAACGAGGCUGAGUGGUUCUUAAAGGCGGACGAUGAUACUUAUGUGGUUUUGGAGAAUCUACGAUACAUGCUUUAUCCUUAUAAAUCAAGGGAUCCUUUGUAUUUUGGGUGCAGAUUUAAACCGUACGUGAAACAAGGUUAUAUGAGCGGAGGGGCUGGUUAUGUGUUAAGCAAGGAAGCGUUGAGAAGAUUCGUUGAAUAUGGAUUACGUAAUGAAACGGUGUGUAGCCCAUCGAGUAGUGGAGCCGAAGAUGUUGAAAUGGGGAAAUGUUUGGAAGGGGUUGGGGUUGAGGCUGGGGAUACUCGGGAUUCUUUGGGUCGUGGAAGAUUUUUCCCGUUCGUUCCCGAACAUCACUUAAUUCCGGGGCAUAGCCCUAAAUCGUUUUGGUAUUGGAAGUAUGUGUAUUACGAAACCACUGAGGGUAUGGAUUGUUGCUCCGAUAACGCAGUUUCGUUUCAUUACGUGAGCCCCAAUCAAAUGUACGUGUUGGAGUACUUAAUAUAUCAUUUAAGACCUUACGGAAUCAAUUACAAAGUGAAUCCAAUUGAUAAAGUGAUAUCGUCACCACCACCACCACCGAUUGAUUCUUCAACGAAAGAACCUACAUCAUAAUUAAAAACGGUUACUAUUAUUUCGAAUUAAAGAUUUUCAAUGCGAGUGUAUUUUGAUGUGAGAAGCUAGUCUCGAACGUAGCCAAAGUUCUCCAAUUUGGCUCCAAUAAUUAAUUAUUAUAAUUGUAUUCCUUAAUUGUGAUAUUCUAGUGGCCAGUUUUUUUGCUCUUUGUUUAAAAAAACAUAUCACACAUUCCCUAAAUACUUAAAUAUCAUCUAUUUUAUUUAGAUGAAUACAAUUAGAAUAAUGUUUUCCGUAUUAAAAUAAAAUUUGUUUAUUCUCUCUGUGAAAUACUAGUCAAUGAAAAUAAAUUAUUAUUUUAA